GCAGAGCCCGCGGCGGGCCCUGCGCUGAGGGGAGGGUGACGCCCCACACUUUGGACCCUCCUCGCUUCCCGUCCGCCUGCGGGGAGCGACCGUCGGAGCCGCAGUCUCUCUCUCUCGGAGGAGGCGGCGGCGGGACGCGAGCGGUGAAGCGAGGGCAGCUGCUUCCUCCUCCUCCUCCUCCUCCUCCUAAGAUGGCGGCAGACCCCGCGGAGCAGUUCUGCGUGGCCGAGGAGCGGAGCGGACACUGCGCCGUGGUGGACGGGAACUUUCUCUACGUGUGGGGGGGAUACGUGUCAAUUGAAGAAAAUGAAGUUUACCUGCCUAAUGAUGAGCUCUGGAUCUAUGAAAUAGACAGUGGGUUAUGGACAAUGCACUUAAUGGAAGGGGAGUUGCCUACCUCCAUGUCAGGAAGCUGUGGAGCAAGCAUGAAUGGGAAGCUGUACAUCUUUGGUGGAUUUGAUGAUAAAGGAUACAGUAAUCGGCUGUAUUACGUUAAUUUGCGAACAAAAAAUGGAACCUACAGGUGGAAAAAAAUCACAAACUUUAAAGGUCAACCUCCUACACCACGUGACAAGCUUUCCUGCUGGGUGUAUAAGGACAGGCUCAUAUAUUUUGGUGGCUAUGGCUGUAGGAAGCACAAUGAGCUGAGUGAUUGUUUUGAUGUCCACGAUGCAUUUUGGGAAGGACAGAUAUUCUGGGGAUGGCAUAAUGAUGUUCAUGUUUUUGAUACAACCACACAAACUUGGUCUCAACCAGCAAUUAGAGGCGGAGAUCCACCUCAGCCUCGAGCAGCUCAUACAUGUGCUGUGCUGGGAAAUAAAGGUUAUGUCUUUGGAGGACGAGUGCUGCAAACUAGAAUGAAUGAUUUGCACUGCCUGGAUUUAGACACUUGGACUUGGUCUGGGAGAAUUAACAUCAGUGGAGAGAAACCAAAAGAUCGAUCCUGGCACACAUUGACUCCAAUAGGAGAUGACAGACUUUUUCUUUUUGGUGGACUAAGCUCUGAUAAUGGUCCUUUAAGUGAUGGCUGGAUUCACAGCACUACAACAAAUGGAUGGAAACAACUUACCCAUUUGCCUAAGAGUAGGCCUAGAUGGUGGCAUACAGCCUGCCUUGGGAAAGAAGGAGAAGUGAUGGUGUUUGGUGGAAGCAAAGAUGACUUGCAUUUCAUGGACACAUUCUAUUCUUCUGCUGCUCAGGGUCACUGCAGUGAUUUGUUGAUAUUCCAAACUCAACCUUACUCGCUCCUCAGGUUGUCUCUCGACUGCAUCGGUAAAAAUGCAGCUCUCCUAAAGAAUCAAAUCCCAUGUUUGCCAUCCAAGCUUCUGCAGCAGGUGCUGAAAAAAAUAACCUUCUGGGCUGCAGUGAACCACCGGCAGGAGAGGAAAGCUGAGACAGAAAGGCAGUACCAGCUGAACACCACCUGAGCAGGGGCCACACUGAACACGGUUUAUUUACGACGCGCAGCGGAAGUUUUUCGUUAGUGAACUUUACUAAUGCUACAGAACAACUGAAUGUUAAUCUGAGUUCCUAAGUGAAGUUUUGAGAACAAAGCAAUCCUCUUUAUGGAAGUCUCUUUUUGUUUUCUGCAUUAUAGACAACUGGUAACACUUCCUUUAUAUAUAUUGUUGGUUUCUGCUGUUGUGGUCUUGGUGCGACAGACUUGUUCUUUUUGAAGGUGAUGGAUGACACAAAAUGUUUUCAGUUGGUUAAGUUUAAAAUCUUACUACAGCCUUAUCACACCAGCCUUUCUGAGAAGAGAAAAUUAGUUCAACGCAAGUUUAGUUUCAACACAGUGUCUUGGGAAGGUUCACACUUGUCUUGGAAAAGGUAAUUAAUUUGCUAACACCACCAAACCCGAUGCUUUGAUUCCAGCAGAAUAUGUUGUCUGACCAUCCAGUUAAACAGUGGAGCCAGGCCUCUUACUCCAAGUAGGAAAAUCACUCCAAGUAGGAAAAUCACUCAAAGUAGGAAAAUCAGUAAGUGAAACGUGGAACUUGAACAGAAAGCUGCAACCCUUUGUAUAGGAAGGCUUCCAUGCAGCUCCUACUACAGUUUUACUAUGUUUCUGUAAUCGAGUCCUUUUUGAAAUAGGUUGUAUAUGGUAUUUUGGAUGUGUAAAGUUUAUAUUUAAUUCUGGUUUAAAAAAAAAAAGCUUAUUUAUUGUUUAAAAAAGAGCAUAUGUCGUACUCGCUAUUUUUCUGUUUCAGGUAUUUAGUUAACAGGAGCACAGUCAUUAAAAUUUUCUAGAGUUCAGACCAA